AUUUCAGUAAUUUGCGAGUAAACUAGAAGAAGUUAAAAAGACAGUGGAGUCACUUCUGGAACCUUCUACAUGUUUCUCAAAUCAUCAAAGACAAAAACUCCGCAAACAUGAAACUUCCACCAUUUCCUCCAUCAUCACCUAACCAAAAAAACAAAGCAAGCAACCUUUUCUAUUAUUAUUUUUCAAGAAGAAAAACAAAGGUGAGCAAAGAGAAGAAAAGAAAGAGGGGGGAGAGGAGGAGGUAGCAGCAACAUCAUGGGGGUGGAUUACUACAAGAUAUUGCAAGUUGAUAAGACUGCAAAAGAUGAUGAUUUGAAGAAGGCUUAUAGGAAAUUAGCAAUGAAAUGGCAUCCUGAUAAAAACCCAAAUAACAAGAAAGAAGCUGAAGCCAAGUUCAAGAAAAUUUCUGAAGCUUAUGAGGUUCUCAGUGAUCCACAGAAAAAAGCAGUAUAUGACCAAUAUGGUGAGGAGGGUCUAAAGGGGCAAGUACCACCGCCUGGUGCUGCUGGUGCUGCUGGUGGUGGUCCAGGUGGGGCUGGUCCAGGUGGAGCUACAUUCUUCUCCACGGGAGAUGGGCCAACGACAUUUCAGUUCAAUCCUCGGAAUGCUGAUGACAUUUUUACUGAAUUUUUCGGGUUUUCGAGUCCAUUUGGAGGGAUGGGAGGUGGUGGUGGAGGCAUGAGACAGACAAGGUUCCAAGGUGGGAUGUUCGGCAAUGAUAUCUUUAGUUCUUACAGUGAAGGGGGUGGAGGGUCGAUGCAUCAGGGUGCGCCUAGAAAAGCUCCUCAAAUUGAGAAGAAGCUGCCUUGUAGUCUUGAAGAGCUUUAUAAAGGGGCUACCAAGAGAAUGAAGAUUUCUAGAGACAUCGCUGAUGCAAGUGGCAAGACCAUGCAAGUUGAGGAGAUUCUAACCAUUGACAUAAAACCGGGUUGGAAGAAAGGCACGAAGAUCACCUUCCCUGAGAAAGGGAAUGAACAGCCAAAUAUUGUUCCAGCUGAUCUAGUCUUCAUUAUUGAUGAAAAACCCCACCCCACAUUCACUCGUGAUGGGAACGACUUGGUUGUCACACAGAAGAUUUCUUUAACUGAAGCCUUGACAGGUUACACUGUCCAUCUCACAGCCUUAGAUGGAAGGAACUUGACCAUUCCAGUCAACACUCUGAUUCAUCCAAACUAUGAGGAGGUUGUCCCAAGGGAAGGGAUGCCAAUCCAGAAAGACCCGACAAAGAGGGGAAAUUUGAGAAUCAAGUUCGACAUCAAGUUUCCAACAAGGCUAACUGCAGAGCAGAAGGCAGGAAUCAAAAGACUCUUGGGUCCUUGAGAUCAUCAAUGCCAGCAUUUAAUACACUACACCUCCACAGAAAUGGAGAAGUUUUGUGAAUACAAAUUAGAAAGAACGUAGUAGUUGUAUUGGUUCUUCUGAAUCCACAACUUGUUAUAUAUGUAAUCACUUUUGAGAGUUUUUGUAGGAAGUAUGCCAUCUUUCUAAGACAUUGAUGUGCUAAAUUUUGAGUGUAAUAAACUUCUCUAUUACAGUUGCAAUAAAAACUGGCUCCAGUCGAUUGAUGGUGAA